AUGAAGCUCUUCGGCAACUCGAAGGCUGCAGACGAGGCAAAUACCAGAGAUGAAGGAGAGUUAGCGGAGCUUGGCUACAAGCAAGAGCUGCAGAGGGACUGGAGUCUAAUACACAAUUUCGGCGUCUCGUUCUCUAUUAUCUCGGUGGUCACAGGUAUUACAACUCUUUUCGAGUAUGGUCUUACCACUGGAGGUCCCGGUACCAUGACGGUGGGGUGGAUAGUAGUGUCCUCCCUCACAACGUUCGUAGGUUUAGGCAUGGCCGAAAUAACCUCCGCGCAUCCGACUUCUGGAGGCCCUUACUACUGGGCGGCUAUGCUGGCCCCUAAUGAUCGGCAGGCUGCGUUCUUCUCUUGGAUCACAGGCUGGUUCAACUUCGUCGGUCAGUUCGCGGUGACCACGGGCAUCACGUUCGGCUGUGCCAACCUCAUUGCGACUCUUGCUACGGUCAAGGGAGGGUUCGUGCCAACGCCGGGGAAGAUCAUCGGAAUUUACGCCGCGCUUCUGAUCAGCCACGGCCUCGUCAAUACGUUUGGGGUCCGUAUCCUACGCUAUCUGAACAACUCGUCGAUCAUUUUGCACAGCCUCGGAGUUGGCGCCUUUGCUAUUGCAGUCGUAGCUGCUGCACCUACACAUCAACCGGCGCGGUUCGUGUUCGCCAAGUUCUACGACGGUGACAUUGCAGGUACUGGGGAUCCUGGUUGGGCAACACGAGCCUCUCCAGCAUACGUUGCCUGUAUCGGCGUCUUAAUGAGUCAGUACACUAUCACAGGCUUCGACGCCUCUGCACAUCUCUCCGAAGAAACUCGGAGAGCCUCCUGGAGUGCGCCAAUCGGCGUUCUGACCUCGAUCAUAUGCUCUGCCUUCUUCGGCUUCUUCCUCCUGCUCUGCCUGCUGUUCUCGAUACAGGACUUUGACAGCACUGUGGACAGUGAAGUGGGCCAGCCAGUUCUUCAGAUCCUACUCGACAUCUUCGGCGAAGACGGAGCGAUAGUACUCUUUACACUCGUCAUUAUCUGCGUUUGGCAUUGUGGCCUUUUCAGCUUGACGAGUAACAGCCGCAUGAUGUUCGCGUUCUCACGUGAUCAUGGCAUCCCGCGGUUCUUUCACAAAGUGGACGAACGGUUUCAGAGCCCGAUUCGGACGGUCUGGCUUGCUGCGACGUUGGCCUUUAUCCUCGGUUUACCUUCACUUGGAUCGUCUGUCGCCUUUGCAGCAGCCACCAGCAUUGCAACGAUCGGGCUUUACAUCUCUUAUGGCUUGCCAAUACUGAUCGGACUUCUCUAUCCCCGAAACUUCAAGAAAGGACCUUUCAACCUGGGAGCAUUCUCUCGUCCGGUGGCUCUUGUCGCGUGUCUUUGGAUUGGCUUCAUUACGAUCAUUUUCUGUCUACCCAACGUCAACCCUGUCACAUCGCAGACGCUCAACUACACCCCAGUUGCCGUCGGCAUUGUGGCACUUUGGGCGUUCGGCACAUGGUUCCUUAGCGCCCGCAAGUGGUUCACAGGACCGUAA